AUGGCUCGGCAAUUCCGCCUCGGCGACCGGGUGACAGUCGCUCAAACACAGCUAUGCGGCACUGUGAAGUUCAUCGGCACCACAGAGUUUGCAGCUGGCGAGUGGAUGGGCAUUGAACUGGACGAAAAGCAGGGCAAGAACAAUGGUAGUGUCAAGGGCAAGACCUACUUCGACUGCAAGCCAGAACAUGGCCUCUUUGUCAGGCCAACGGCAGUCACCAAGAUCUCGCAACCGGUGCCGGAGAUCAGUUUGCAGACGCCUCAGGCACCAGAGCCUCCUCCCCAAAAAGAUCCACAGCCGCCGGCAGCAUCCGUCCCAAAGGCGCCUGUCCAGCCGGCCUUGUUAGCAAUUCCGCAGUCUGGUGCCACCCCGCCUCCAAGACGCAUCAGCAAAAUGGAGGAAGGAGACAAGACGCGGGAAGUGGAGAAGGCCAGCGUCCAGCUCGAGCUAGCGCAGGCGAUGGAAGACCAUGACGUGGACGCUAUUCGAUCCCUCAUUCCAAGAGCUGCCAACUUGUGCCUUGCUCCGGAGGAGAUUUCCGCAGCCAGGCGAAUCCUCAGUUGGGAGGUGAAGCAGAACAUGCGGGAAGAGGUCGACGCUGUAUGCAACUCCGUCUUGCAGCUGAAGGAGUCCAUCGGCAACUUCAUGGAAGAGGUACAGGCGACGAAGAGGCCGAAGACCGACAGCGGUGCGGUAAUCAGCCGACUCGGUGUGGAAUUGGAGAAGAGAGUGUGGCAAAAGCUAGAAAGCAAGAUUGAUGGCAUCGUUGAGAAGGCGCUUGCGAAGCUUCCGGAGCCACCUCGGCCAUUGGAGCUUUCUCUGGAGGCCUUCUGCUUCGAGCACUUUGACCUCAACGGUGAUGGGAUCAUCACCCGAGAUGAAUUCGAAGAGGCUCGGCAGAAGAUUUUGGCGCAAGGUGGCAAGACACCGGCACCAGCAAUUGCCAGAAUUUCCGACAAGAUCACAGAAAAGGACCGCAGGCUAACCACCCCCCGUGAGAAAGUGCCCUGGGAGUUCAUGCGGAACCUGUACACUCUCGCAGCCCAGCGCUUGGAAGUGAUGGAAGAAGGCCCGGUCCGAGACCCAAACUCCGAGAUCUUCGAGGCCAGCCGUUUCGUGGUGCAACAUGUGCUUCGGAAAGGUAUCCAACGAGCGCAGCUCAUGGGAGCCGGGCCCUUCGUGCCGGAUGCCUUGGCCGAGGCGCAGCAAGACAUCGCCGCCAUCCGAGCCUCGAAGAG